UAUGACUGCUGAUAUGGAGGCAUGCUACUAGUAGAGCCCUUACUAGUGACCAACCACAUAGUAGUGCUACCACGCCAUACAUAAAUGCUUCACACUUGAACCAUGUCGUAUGACCCCAGUCUAUUACAUCUGCCGCGGCUGUGGUCGACUGACCGGCGCAUCAGGCUGAGCAUAGCUGUGAUAGGUGCAAAGAAAGUGGGCAAGACGUCACUGAUAUACAACUAUGUAGGAUACUCUGGGUCACGUGACAGCCUAAAAGAUAGUGUCAGUAGCUUGUCAUCUAUGCAUCUGAACGAGGCUUUUGUGCCUUGGUUAGGGGAUUGCGCUAGCGAAUCAAUCACGUUAGGUGAAUUGGCUAGGAAUUCAUCACAUAGCAACCAUAACCACAAGACAUCUGUGUCUAAUAAGAAUACGGGGCUGUAUCGGUAUAGGAGCACGGGCAAUGAUUCAAAGGCCAGUGAGACGAGCAGUGUUAACACCAACGGGUCACGCUCCCAGGCCUCGUCUGGUACGGGCCAGAGCACCUUUAAGUAUAAGGAAACACUUGAAGAUGUGUAUCAGAUCAAAGUUAAGAACCAGAAAGAGAGGUUUAAGAUCACCAUCACCGACACCCCGGGCAAUCCGAAUGUGCUCGCUCUGUUUUUUGAGGAGUAUUUAGCUAAGCAUUUCUCGUUUAUAUUGGUCUACUCGAUUGUUGACGAAGCAUCAAUUCGAUUUGUCGAAGAAUGGUCCCAACGCAUACGGAAGGGCCGAUCCAACGGAGGCUAUCUGCAUGAAUGUAUGGUCAUUGGCACCAAGACCGAUCUCAUCGGCACGCCUAUGGGGGGCUUGCAGACUUCACCGAACGGGGUGUUAAGCUAG